GGAGGAUGCCGCUCCGGAUUGAGGGGGGGGGGGGGAAAUGGCUGCAAUGAGCCGCUGCAACCGUGGGGGGAUCCCCGGGGAAGAUGCUCGCGCUCCGUCGAGAAGCCUUUAGCUGCCAUGUCCUUCUCCCCCACCAUGUUGCCAUGCAAGAAGCGGAAAACCACCCGGAUGGAUUCCUUCUCCGAAGCCGAGGCGCUUCCGACAGAGGCGUCGUCGCCUUCAGGUGGCGCUGUUUUUUCCCAGAGAUGGAACAGGAAGAAGGAGAAGUUUCCCCAACUGUGAAAUCCCUAGGGGACACGCAAAGGAUCGAGCCCCUUCAAGAAGCGAAGGAGGAAGCUGAGGAAACGAGACUUUUUAUUUCAGUGGACGAACGAGAAGGAGGGAAGAAGCCCAGGCGGAAGGGAGUUAAAAGGCAGUGGGAAGGGAAGUCACCUGAGGAAGACGAAGGAGGAGAAGGAGGAGGAGGAGGAGGAAGGAAGUUAGCUUGUGACCUCAAAUUGGACGAAACCUUGGACCGCACGCUGGAAGACGGGGCGAAGCAGCACAAUUUAACAGCCGUCAACGUACGCAACAUCCUUCAUGAAGUCAUCACCAACGAGCACGUGGUGGCUAUGAUGAAAGCAGCCAUCAGCGAGACGGAAGACGCCCCGGUCUUUGAGCCCAAAAUGACACGAUCCAAGCUGAAAGAAGUCGUAGAGAAAGGUGUGGUAAUUCCAACCUGGAACAUUUCUCCCAUCAAGAAAGCCAAUGAACUCAAGCCACCUCAGUUCGUGGAUAUCCCUCUUGAAGAGGACGAUUCUUCCGAUGAGGAGUACCAGCCGGAAGAGGACGAGGAAGACGAAACGGCGGAGGAGAGUUUAUUGGAAAGCGAUGUGGAAAGCAACACCUCCUCCCCUUGGGGGACCAAGCGCUCCCUUUCCCGACAGUCGGAUAUGGUGGAGACGGACGAGGAAGGAGUGGCCCCCUUGGAGGCCGAGAAGGGUUCAAGCCCUCCUGCCCCGCGACACGUCCGUGCCGAGGUCAUCCCCAUGGGCCCGCCACCACCGCCCCCCAAGCUGAAGCAAAACAAGGACAGCGUGUUCAUGGAGAAGCUCCACGCUGUGGACGAGGAACUGGCCUCCAGCCCCGUCUGCAUGGACGCCUAUCAGGUUUGUGGUCCUUCCCAGCCUUUGGAAGACAGCUUAAUUGCCUUACGCACCCGUUCCAAGAGACCCCUGAAGGACGUGCCCCUCGGUCAGCUGGAGGCCGAGCUUCGGGCUCCGGACAUCACUCCGGACAUGUACGACCCCAACACGGCGGACGACGAAGAGUGGAAGCGAUGGCUGAGCGGCCUGAUGAACGACGACGUGGAAAACGAAGACGAAGCUGAUGAUGACGAUGACCCCGAAUAUAAUUUUUUGGAAGAUCUGGAUGAACCGGACACGGAAGACUUCAGGAACGACCGUGCCGUGAGAAUCACAAGUAUGUUCCCCCUGGUCUACGGCUAGUCCUCGAGGUACGA